GAAACGCGCACGUAUCUCUCGCCGCGAGGCUAAUGGGGGUUACGCGAGAACUCUGACAUACGUUCUCGCGCGUACGGGAGACCACCGUGGGAUCCCGAUUCCGAAUCACCGAGUACGUCAGGUUGUGCGAACUCGUCGCGCUUUUACCCCCGUUCGCCGUUCUCGCCGUUCCGCUCGCCACACCGACCAGUAUAUCUCGAGUGUUUAUUGCUCCUCCGUAGUAUUUUUAGAUCCGCUUAUGUAAAUGACGCAGUAGCACCGUCCGACUUAUUGGCGGGAAGUUCGAACGCGCGGACGGUUCGCGCCCCGUAUCUCCUUGCCGCUUUGCGAAAAGACACAUGCGAGCAUUUAGGGCUCGCGAGGCAGACGGGCUAUGGAAAGUAUGGUCGAGGAAAAUGGAUCUGCCGUCGAUCCGUUGUCCCAGGGUUCCCAGAGCAGUGACGCAGCACCAGCGAUCGCAACUUCGGUACAAUCUAUCAAUAGAACGCAUCAGCAGCAAACUCAUCAUCUGGUAGCUUCUACCAGCAUUGUGCAACUGACACUACCUUCGUCAGGAACAACACAGGUACAAUCAGUCAUACAACCCAAUCAACAGUCUGUAAUACAGACUGCGACGAACAUACAACCUGUCGCCAUUUCCAAAGGAAACGUUAUUCUGGUUAGCAAACCCAAUUCCGUAAUACAAACUGCGCAAGGCAGUUUACAGACCCUUCAGGUGGUAGAAACUGGUAGUGACGAUAGUUUCUCAGAUGAUGACUCACCUAAAAAGAGGAGAGAUAUCCUUACCAGACGACCAUCUUACAGAAAGAUUCUCAAUGAUUUAGGCGGUGGAGAAAUUACAGACGGUCGUUUGCCCCCCUUAGAAUCAUCUUCCGAGUGUGAUUCUAACGUGGACAGUGAAGUGUCUUCCCAUUCGCUUCAUUACCAAACAGUGAUUCCUGCCGGUACCAUACAAAUUGCAACGCAAGGGGAAGGAGUUCCGGGACUUCACACGCUAACUAUGAGUAAUGCAGCGACAGCAGGCGGAGCCAUAGUGCAAUAUGCACAGGGCCAAGACACUCAAUUUUUUGUCCCAGCCUAUACAGGUGGAGUUGUAGCGGAGGACGCAGCGCGAAAGAGAGAGUUGAGGUUGAUGAAGAAUAGGGAGGCGGCACGUGAGUGCAGAAGAAAAAAGAAGGAGUACAUAAAGUGCUUAGAAAAUCGUGUCGCGGUGUUGGAGAACAGGAAUCAGACGCUAAUUGACGAACUGAAAUCGUUAAAGGAACUGUAUCAACAGAAAACCGACUGAGACUGGUGUUUCGAACCUGUGCGACAGUGUAACAAAGCUGCUAUCCAGUCGGAGAAUCUGUACAUGUCUUGUUUGUGUACAUUAUCCUAAAUGUUGCUAGGGGUAAGCGAUGGUGAUGUACAUGCAUUCUUAUAGAUAAGCGUUUCUCUGUAACAUACUGUAUUUAAAUACGAAUAUGAAGGCUUGUGAAACUUGCUGUUACUAAAGCGGGAAGCCAAAGGUACAUGCGACACGGGGGGGGGGGGGGCAACGGAAAGCACAUAGGAAAUAUUCUGGUGUAUCGGUCUAUAUUUUCGCUAAUAUAGCGCGAUAAUCGAAAGCACCACGUAGCUACGUUUCAGCGAAUUGUGAAAAACCGUUUCUGUAUAUUUGAAAGAGCUCCGACCUCGACCUCGAACAUUAGUAGAUCACAGUUGGUAACUUAGAGAUGAGAUAUGUCCGGUAUUCGUGUUUGUUUAGUGUCAUCUUCUGUCGCCCAUUCGCACUAGGCGAAGGCAUAUCUCGCCUCGCUUCGCCGCGCGACACGCCACACAGUUUAGCCUUUUUCUUGUAUGUAUAUCGUGUGUGAGGAACGCGUCUUACUUCAUCAGGUACUUCAGCCGAUGUGUAAGCAUGAGUCUCUUAGAUAAAAAAGUAUUUGUCUCACGUCAUUCUCUCACCGUACGUAAGAAUUUUCAAGAGAAGUCAGAGCGAUGAAAGAAUCAGAUUCUUCAUCUUCUUUUAAACUAGCAUAUCUCCAUCGCAAUGUUAUUCUAUCGUUGUUACAUAUUAUGAUCGUUGUAUAUAAAUAUCUGUCAGAUAAGACAAGAGCAUGUUUUCAGCAUGAUACAAUGAAAUUUUGUUAUAUAGAUCAUUGUCGCAGUUAGCGCAUUUAAUAGACACGAUAAAUAAGAAAUCAAGUAAAGAUCUUUUAUUUAAUUAAAAAAUAUAGGUACGAAUGUCAAUAUACAAACGUUUAUCGAAACCGUGAUGAAGUAGGACGAAAUUCAUCGUUCUUCUGUAAAUGGGCGCCUUCUACGUCUUAAAAUAGGAAAAAAAGUAACGAUACCAUAUAUGUCCUUAUUUCACAAACGAUUAAGGGAGAUGCCAUGCAAUGCUAAAACGCUCCGCCUCGGGCGGAGAGGAAUAUGCUUAUAUAUAUAAUAAAAUUCGCUUUAAAAUUGAAUAUUCUUCUACAAGACAAUUUUGGCAUCGUGUAAGUAGACAAUUGUAAAAGUAGUUCUGUGAUAAUGACGUUCGAGCAGCAUAGAAAAACGAAAAGGAUGCAUCUCUGAUUUCUAUAAUGCCUGCAUAUAAUGCUUUUCCGUUCGUUGUAAAAAUACGCAUUACGCAUUGGGCGAUACAUUGUGUAUGUCGCCCUUAGAAAUACGGUGUUUUACGUCUCGUCAAAAUGCCCCGUUCAUUAAAUGCUGAACAACACAAUUUGUAAAAUAUGAAUGUAAUAUACAUCAGGAGUGCCUUGAAGAAUUUAUGUAUACUUGUGGUAUGCAUAUACAUAUGUGUGGAUAUGAAAGAAGGGAAGAAAUAUAGAGACCACAUAUGCAUAUGUAUGUAUAUACGUAUGAAGGAAAUUAUGUUCUAAGUAAAGAAUAUGGGUAGAUAUGAUAUUUUUAAAGUAUAUUAUAUUAAUAUAGUUUUAUGUACUUGACACACACGCAACUAUAUCACGAGAAUUGUAUUAUUUUUGGGGGACUCGUGUUCCCGCGUAAUCUCAUCAUGGUCGAAUCGAAACCAGUACUGAUACAUAAUCGGAAUUUCGCGUAAUGUAUUGUGAAUAAUAAUGCGUGGUUUACCAUGAGGAAGUAACAUUAAAGACCCAAAUAAAGAGCAUAAUUUUUUUAACAAAAACUUGCAGCUCGUGCAUUGUGAGUUUUACUUCAUUACUUUACUCCGCAUGAACGAUUCUAAUUCUAAAAAAUUGUUGGACAACGAUGUACUUUAUUAUCUAUCAUGAGGGAUACAUUACCAAUGUGUUUCACGACACGUGCAAUAACACUGAAAUUAUUUAUAUCAGCAUGUAUAUCAAAAUUCACAUUUUGCCGAUAUUUCGAAUUUUGUAUUUUAUUGAUCCGUCUUAAAUAUUCAUAAUUUUGUAAUACCAAGAGCAUAACAAACAUUGUCAAUUUAUGAAACAUUGUUUUAAAAAAAAAAAAAAGAAAAACCGAUUGAAAGAAACUACUAGAGAUAAUAAAUGUGCCGUAUCCUUUAAA